UAACUGAGAGACAACGCGACUUGCUCAUCUGCAAGAUGGUUCGCAGUUCAUUAUUGGGUAAACACUCAGUCAGCUUGUGGGAACUGCGAUAUCACUAGUUAAGCUAUUAAACGCUUGCAGCUUGUCGUAUUUAUAUAUAAUAUGACAUUUAGAUUUUGAGAUGGUCUGUCGUGGACUCUUCAAUACGAUCAUUUAAUCAAGUUGUAGAUGUUUCGGUGUGUUGGACUUUGAUGGUAGACUGGAAGAAGUAACUAAGAUGGAGAACACAACAGUUUUGUGGAAAUAACUUCAUCUGCAACUUGUCUGCCCAGUACAAAAAAUUAACUAGGUCAACGAAUAGAAAGGAGUGUUUCGCUGUCUGUUGGUGUUACCUGCUGCAGCUUCAACUGUAUCCAUUGUUUCAAGGGUUUUAUAUUGAGAUUUGUCUUCUGAAAAUGAAACAUCCUGAGGAAAAAUGGAGGACAUUCAUCAUGUACUUGAGUUGUUUAAUAUUGUUUUGUGCCAGUAAAGUUCUUUCAGAAUCAUUAAUUCAAAGUGUGAGUGGAACCCUGUAUGUAGAAAAUUUUACAUACUACCGCCUCAGUGGGGAGGGUUGGCUAAGAUUAGAACUACACAGCCUAAAAGGUGAUGUGGAUCUUUACAUGUCUAGUACGACAUUACAUCCAACAUUUUUUGACUACGAUCUUAAAUCUGAAACAUGUGGUCUAGAUAUUGUUGAUGUCCCAUCCACAAUGAGCAGACCGAUUGGAAUUGGAAUAUUUGCACAUCCAAAUUACCUGCAGUCUGUUUUCAAACUGGAUAUUUUGUUUGUGGCUGAACAUGAGCCAGAUGACUAUUCUGAAGUGAUGAAACCAUAUUUCAACUAUGACAGUUAUGUGGAAGAUUCUGACAGCGAGGAGAAAAGAGAUAGAGAUGCCAGUGGACUUGAUGGAAAAUUACCUCCAAAAAUAGAUGGGGAAGAAGAAUCAGUGUGGUGGACUAUUUUUGUAGGAGUAAUGAAAUUCAUUUUGGAAGUGAUUGUUUAAGGGUCAAAGAGGCUUCCUGGAAAAUUUCAUACAAAAUUUGUACGUUUUUUUAAGUGUGUAUGUGCAGACAGUAUCCUUUUAAUUUCUUUAUCUAAUAUAGAUUCAAUAAACAUCUGCAGAGAAGAAUUCAUUUGCAAGGCAAAGCUUUUUUUAAAAUUGGGAUUACUUGGAACUAUUCUUUAAAAUCUUUCUUUGUGAUUAUGUAGAAAAAAGUCCAUCCAAUCCAAACAUGUUAUCAUAGAGAUUAAACCCUUUAUAAGCUAUUUGGCGUUUUAUACCCUUAAGUGUAUGUGGCACUGACUUGGGGAAGAAACUACACAUAUUUAGAUCUCCAUGUGAAUUUUAUUAUCAGGGCUUCUGCUUACGCAAACAAUUGCGUACAGUACGCAUUAAAAGUUCGGAGGACCCCUUCAAUUUUCGUCAAUGGGGUCCCCUCCAAAGUGGGGCGAAGAACAGGGACCCCUUAAAAAUCUGAAGGGGUCCUUGGGACCCCAAAGAAUUUAGCCUUAGCAGAAGCCCUGAUUAUGUCUACUUUUUUUGCAAUAAAGGAAAAACAUAACUGUUUUAGGUAUACAUUAAUAAAGACUAAAGAGCUUUUUUAAAAAAAAUGAACUUUGAAUAGUAGCCCAUUUUCUUUUUGAAUAUAAAUUAGCUGCAACAAAGUGUACACUGUUAACGUGUAGGCUGUGGUAUAGAUUUUUAAAAUAGCAAGACAGUGCAUUUGCAUGCAUUAAUAAGUUAAUGCAUCACAUAUGAUUCAGUGAUCUUGGCAUGAAGGAGAGAUGGGGAAUGGGUAAAAUUUAUUCCAACAAAAUUUUGUAGUGAAAUAUUUACCUUAAUAUGUUAAAAGAAUAUUCAUUUUGGAUGCUUCCUUUGGGAAUGUAUAUAUUGUCUGUUUUGGAGGGAAUCUGAACUUUUUGUGUUUUUCCCUCAUGUUGGAAACUGUCCCAACAAUUUUAAAAUAUGAGGUGGAAAGCUAUCAGUUUACACAGAUGACAGAGUGGAAUCCAUUCCAUACAAACUUGAGGUUGUUCUGCCCAAUGAUGCAUCUUAUUUUGUUUAUUCCUUCUUAAGAAACAAGACAUAUGUUCACACCUUAGCAGACAGGUUUCUACAGUUUCUCUGGCUGCAAGACAAGAACAAUAUCAGAUUGUAUGCAUUACAUGGAAAACACUGGAUUAAAACAUUUCAUUGAUAUGCACUAUUUUCUUCAUAGUGAUAGAAAAUUUAUUUCUUUUAAAUGUUAAAAAAAGUUUUGAAUGGAAGAUCCUUUGUCCAUCUGUUAUGGUUUUUGAGCAAUUAAUCUUUAUUGAAUGACUAUCAAGAUUAUACAGAUGUCUUGGACCAUUGAAUUCCCUGCCCACCUUCUGUUGGACCAUUUGUUUCAAUAAUUAUCAUUGACCUUUACUGUUUCCUGCAGGCUUGUCUUUGCAAGUCAUAACACUUUUCACUGUAGUUUGAAGGUCUUCACAGGGCAUAUAUGCAACUAUUCCCAAGUGCUUUAUGAAGAAGAGCAGAAGUCAGACUUUCCCCAUUGUGACUUAUGAGCUACAGAAUGUAUUCAAUUACCCAAAGUACUGACAAGGUUUGGUGAAUAUAAAAAUAAAACUGUUUUUGAUUUCAGGCUUUUUUUUAAAAAAACAAAACUGGUGUAGAUGGGAAACAUGAAUAAAAAUAACUAAUGUUAAAAAACCUUAAGGAUAUUCUUAUUGUUUUGUCUGUCUUUAUUUUAUGGUUCAAGACAUAAAGCCACAAAUAAAUGGUGACUGGUGACUCUUAUAGACGGAUUUAGGAGUCGGUCGAAAAAGUAUUCACAUGUUGGCUUUGCGGAGGGGGGAAUAUAAAGCAUCUUUAUGCUUGAAUUUGGCAAACAAACAAAAAAACAAAAAACAGCAGAUUUUUACGUACUUUCCUGCAGAAUCAGAGAAUAUGAACAGUAUAUAUCAGCAACACAAGUCAAACUGCUUCCUUCAAUCACAGAAACAUUACUGUUCACUUCAUAUACACAUUUUGAGUCAUUUGACUGUCAUUCUUUCAUUCAUAUGCAUAAUUUAUGUCAACAGGGAACAUUUAUUAAAACAUUGCAUUAUUUUAGUUCAAUGAAUGGUUCAAUUACCAACAUCCUUUUAAAAAUAUAAAUUUACAAAAUCUAGCAACAUGCAUAAAUUCCAUUGUUUGGUUUCUUUUAGUUAACUGAAAGCUACCGAUAUGUAGGAAUUUUAAGUUACCCUAUGGUUCAAACUCUCAUGAUUUUCUGAUAUAAAGUAAUUUAGGGCAAGAAAAGCAUCCAAUACAGAAUAUUUGUUUUAUGAUAACCUUUGUUUUCAUACAUUUAAAAAUAUCUAAAGAAUGCCACCAUAUUUUCUAAAGGAUGAAUAAUCAAAUGAUGAACACUUU